AAAAGUGGUCUGCGGAAUGCAAUCUCGUGUCUGCAUAUUAAAGGAGUUAUGCCAACAAAGGUGACGGGGACACGCUGGAUGGCUCAUCUUUCUAGAGGGAUAGAUGCAUUUCUAAGAACUUUCAGGGCAUAUGAGGCACACCUCUCUACUCAAAGCCACGAGAAAGCCAAGGCAGGAGGUCUCUUGAAGAUCAUGAUCAACAUGAAUGUCCUUUGCUUCAUCCUCUUCCUUAAGGAAAUCUUGAAACCAUUGAUGAUGCUUUCACUUAAGCUCCAGGCUCCUGCUACAACUGUUGGAGACACCUGUGUGUGGGUAGAGGCUACUGUAAAUCUAUUGAAAGAUCUUAGAUCAAGACUUUGGAGCUGAUGCUAUUGUGGCAGUGACUUCCAACUACCGAAACACAUUCCAUCAUGUCAACCCAAGUUUUGAUACUGAUGUUGCCCUAGAAGAGUUCAAGUUGUUGAAAAGAGUUCUGUAUGCAAGGCACGGUGCAGAUUUGAAGGCUUUGAAAUGGAAUAAUGUGCAGGACCUACAGGAUUUUCCACACAUGGCCUUGGUAAUAGAGCUGCUGCAUUGUCUUCCACCAACGAGUGUCAGCUGUGAAACAACAUUUUCACAAAUGAAGCUGAUCAAGACAAGCAGACGGAUAAGCAUGUCCAAUGAAACAUUGAACAACCUUCUGCUGGUCAAACUCCAGAGUCCGUGCAUCCCAGAAUUUAAUCCUAAGGAUUCCAUUGAUGACUGGCUUCUCUCAUCUUUGAUGCCAAGGAGGCCACACUACCGAAGAUCUACUGGUAAAAGAGAGAAACAGACUGACCUGGAAAAUGUAACCAAUGCAGCUGGUACAGCCCACAACAACAUUGAUGAGAUUGGUAAUCCUACUCACCUACAGGAUGGGGCCCAGAUUGAGAGAGAAGAUGAUUUAGAGACUGAAGAGAUUGAGGGAAUAAAAGAGGGUGAAACUCAGAUUGAGGGAAAGAAUGAGGAUGAGAUUGAGGGAAAGAAUGAGGGUGAGACAAAGAUUGAGGGUGAUGUUGAGAGAAAGAUUGAGGGCGAGACAGAGAUUGAGGGUGAUGUUGAGAGAAAGAUUGAGGGUGAUACAGAGAUUGAGAGUGAUGUUGAGAGAAAGAUUGAGGGUGAUACUACAGAGAUUGAGAGUGAUGUUGAGAGAAAGAUUGAGGGUGAUACUACAGAGAUUGAGGGUGAUGUUGAGAGACAGAUUGAUGGUGAAUGGUCUAGGGAAGAGGACAGCAUCAUAAGUGAGGAAGAACAACUCAUGAGACUUGAUUUAAUCUUUGGAAAAGAUGCAGAUGAUUUUGACUAUUCUGAAGACUAUCAAGGCGAAGAGGAGAACUUUGAAAAUAUCAUGAUGUUUUCAAGAAGUUGUUAAUAGUUUUGCAACGAUCAUGUGUGUCUUU